CUACUCUGAAAUAUGCCUCCUAAAGCCGACUGGGAAAAGUACAAUGGACCUGCUGAUGACGGCAAAGAGAAGGAAAAGAUCAAAGUUCUUGACGAGGGUGAUAUCGCUCUUCUAAAAACUUAUGGACAAGGACCGUAUGCUCGUGAACUACGAAAGAUUGAAGGCGAUAUUAAAGAUAUCCAAAAACGAAUCAACGAAAAGAUGGGUGUCAAGGAAUCCGAUACUGGUCUUGCUUCGCCUAAUUUGUGGGAUAUUCCUGCUGAUAAACAGCGGAUGCAGGAGGAGCAGGUGCUACAGGUAGCACGAUGCACAAAAAUCAUUCAAGCUGGUGAAGGAGGAAAUUCAAAAUAUGUUAUUAAUAUCAAGAUGAUUGCCAAGUUUGUUGUGGGUCUUGGUGAGCGUGUUGCGCCUACUGAUAUUGAAGAGGGCAUGCGUGUUGGUGUCGAUCGUCACAAGUAUCAAAUUCAGAUUCCACUUCCUCCAAAAAUUGACUCUUCUGUAACCAUGAUGCAAGUCGAGGAAAAACCAGAUGUGACAUAUAGUGACGUUGGUGGUUGCAAAGAUCAGAUAGAAAAACUUCGUGAGGUUGUGGAACUUCCACUUUUACAGCCUGAGCGAUUUGUCAAUCUUGGUAUUGAUCCACCCAAGGGUGUUUUGCUUUACGGUCCUCCAGGUACAGGCAAAACUCUCUCAGCUCGUGCUGUAGCUAACCGCACAGACGCUACGUUUAUCCGUGUCAUAGGAUCAGAACUGGUUCAAAAGUAUGUCGGUGAAGGUGCACGAAUGGUUCGUGAGCUAUUUGAGAUGGCCAGAACAAAAAAAGCUUGUAUUAUUUUUUUCGACGAAGUCGAUGCCAUUGGUGGUGCUAGAUUUGACGAUGGAGCUGGUGGUGAUAAUGAAGUUCAACGUACUAUGUUGGAACUGAUUAAUCAGCUUGACGGAUUUGAUCCUCGCGGUAAUAUUAAAGUUCUUAUGGCUACCAACAGGCCCGAUACACUUGAUCCUGCCUUGAUGCGUCCGGGCCGUCUUGACCGAAAGGUUGAGUUUAACUUGCCUGAUCUCGAGGGUCGCGCACAUAUUCUCAAGAUCCAUGCCAGAAGCAUGAACGUUGAGCGUGAUAUUCGAUUCGAGCUUAUUGCCCGUUUAUGCCCCAACUCUACUGGUGCUGAAUUGCGUAGUGUGUGUACUGAAGCUGGCAUGUUUGCAAUUCGUGCUCGACGUAAGCUUGCCACUGAAAAAGACUUUUUGGAAUCAGUGAACAAGGUUAUCAAGUCAUAUGCCAAGUUUUCUUCGACACCAAAAUAUCUGCUUGCUAUGUAGUGUUUGUUGUUGGAUUACCUGAUUCUUGUGAUGAUGCGUCUAAACCUGGAAUAAAACCUCCUAUAUCUUUUAUUUUGCC